UGCAAUGCCAACGUAAAUCCAACGGAUCAAAAAUAACCAGAGGUUGAAGGAAAUUAGGGGUCGAAGGCAGUUUCUGAAUUUUUCUCUAUUUCCCGUUGUUCUGCACGAUGUUGUCCUACCAGUUUUUGGAAAAUAUCCAUAAAACAGCCCGAGCCGUGGUUCACAAGCGCAACAUUGGAAUCUUGGCGCCUUGUUUACAGAAAGCCACCGACCCCAUCCAACAGCUAUUUAUUGAAAAAAUCAGGGAAUACAAACAGAAAAGUACUGGUGGCAAGUUGGUGGAGCCUUCCCCUGACAUUGAAAAAGAACUUAAAUCUGAGUUGGAGAAGGUCUCCCGAGUGUAUGGCGGGGGCCCUGGCGUCGACAUGACAAAGUUCCCAACCAUCAAAUUUGACGACCCAGUCAUUGAUCCCAUCAAUCUAGAAACCAAGAAGUAGAUUCCAUAAAAUAGUCGUUGUAAUGUUAAUAAAGCUUUAAAGUAAGAA